GACGGCUGUUGAAACGAUCAAUGAUCUUCCACAUGUGCAGCCCUCAGAUCCCCGGUCCCGUCGGGAAGUCUAUGUUACCGCUCCUGCAGAGAAGUACGUAUAGCCACCUGGCCAAGGUUGCACAACCUUCACAUAUGAAUUGUCUCCGCCGUAGUACAUAUGUGUAGAUAUUAAGCAAACUCAUCCCCUCUUCCCCUCCCCAAGGGCUACAUGCUCCAUAUGGCUUCUCGCAAUCGACUAUUUCAAGCUUUCAGUAACCUCAACUUGAAAGCUAAACGUCUCACAAAUCUCGGUUCUCGUUCCUCUGCCAGUCCUACCAGAUCUACCUCUGCUACCACUUCACCCGUCACCACCGCACCAGCCAAACAACACUCCACCAUGGCCCCCUCUAACAAAGCUGCUAAGCUCUCUGAGCCCAGAGCUCACCCCAUGGUUGUUGAAUCUACACCUUACCCAACCGUCGCUGCUGGCGAGAUCAUCGUCAAGGUCGCCGCUACCGCCGUCAACCCCAUGGACUGGUACAUCCAGUUGUUGGGCGAGAAGCUCUUCUCCUGGCUCCAAUACCCCUAUGUUGGAGGCAGCGACGUUGCGGGAGAUGUCGUCGAGGUUGGCCCGAACGUAACCAAGGUCAAGGUCGGUGACCGUGUGCUUGGUCUCGCAGCCGGUUUCGCCCCCAAGAACGGCGGUUUCCAAGAAUACGUUGUCCUAGAGGCUGCCGUUGUCGCCCCUAUCCCCGCUCACCUACCUUACGCUGACGCCGCCGUGCUGCCACUUGGUCUGUCCACGGCUGCUUGCGGUCUCUACCAGAAGGACUUCCUCGGUCUCGACUUCCCCACUCUAAACCCCAAGCCUAACGGCAAGGUUGUCCUGAUCUGGGCCGGUGCCUCCAGCGUCGGCACCAACGCCAUCCAGCUUGCCGUCGCGUCCGGCUACGAGGUCAUCACGACCUCGUCGCCCCCGAACUUCGGCCACUGCAAGUCGCUGGGUGCCUCCCACGUCUUCGACUACAAGAGCUCCACCGUCGUCCAGGACGUGUUGGACGUCAUCAAGGGUAAGGAGUGCGUUGGUGGCUAUGCUAUUCAGCCCGGCUCGGACAAGCCCGUGUUCGAGAUCAUCUCCAAGGCCGAGGGCCGCAAGUUCGUGGCGUGCGCCAUGCAGGUCCAGGACCCGCCCGCGGGCAUCGAGGCCAAGAUGGUCUUCGGCAGCACCCUCAAGGAGAACGAGGUCGGGCCCGCCAUCUACGACCACUUCCUCCCCGCCGCGUUGGCGCAGAAGAAGUACCAGUGCGUGCCCAAGCCGGUGAUCGUCGGCCACGGCCUCGAGCACAUCCAGACUGCGGUUGACAAAGGAAAGUCCGGCGGUGCGUCGUGCCAGAAGUUGGUUGUUACGCUAUGAAGGGAAGGAAAGAUACCUGAAUGGAAAUUGUGACGAGUUAGCCACCAAAAGGGGUGUCGUGGGUAGAUAGUCUUGAGCACCGAUAAUAUCGGUAUCCUAACAUAGUUAACACGAUCAUUUACCUAACAACUUGCACUCUAAUUCCCAUGAUUAUACUGUGAUAUCCUGUGUACAGAGUGUUUAGAUACCUAAU